UUGACCUUUCGUCUUCUGCGCCCGGUCACCCCCCCCUCCUUGUCUCUUCCCUUGAUUUCGAUCCUAGGGUUUCGAAUUCGGAUCGCUUUCUACUUUCUUUUGAUCGAUGGAUGGCCUAGAUUCCGUCGUCGAUCCCUUGCGGGAGUUCGCCAAGGACAGCGCCCGUCUCGUCAAAAGAUGCCACAAGCCCGAUCGCAAGGAAUUCACGAAGGUGGCGGUGCGCACGGCGAUUGGAUUCGUGGUGAUGGGAUUCGUGGGGUUCUUCGUGAAGCUGAUCUUUAUCCCGAUCAACAAUAUCAUCGUCGGAUCCGGUUAGGUAGGAUAUGCAUGGGUCCAGGAUUUGCCAGAUCUUUCUCUUCCAAGUCUAAAAGGUUAGGGGAAAAACUUCAAAGAGUCCUCUAGCUCAGCUUCAAGCAUCAAUGCGUAGGCUCCAUGAUGGGUGAUUUCUUUUGUUGGCUGGCAAGCCAAUGUCAAUCCUGACCUAUGACUAACACUUGCUAAAAAUAUUACCUUCAGAAGGCCUUCAAUCCAUUAUUGGCAUUAUGUACUGGAUGGUUGAUGAGAUCACCACUUGCUUUCUUCACUUUGUAAUUAGUAAAACAUGUUUUCUACUUUUCUCAUGAAGGUUGAUAAACUUGCAUUUCUGUUCCCAUACAUUUUAAGGAUGCUUUCUUCAAUUACAUGAGACACAGCAAUGUAGUAUUUGAAAGGAGUUGUUGAACUGA